AUGCACCAAGGAGGGCAUCAACAGAUGAGUGGAAGGAAAGAAAUGCCUACUAAUCGGGAUGUGGAUGCUGCAGCAGAGGCUUUCAGCCCAGUAUCUGCUAGCAGCGACCCCAUCUCGGCGGAGAACUCCGACGCGACAGAGCUUUUGCGAUCAGGGAAUGUGGGGGAAGCAAAGAAAAACGCAUCUAAGGAGUUGGCAGAUUCGGAAUUGGCUGAACAACCCAAAGCAACUGCAAACAUUGAAAUAGCUCAUACUGCAGAUUCACCAGGUAUUCACAAGUCAGGGCUUGCGGCUGAAAGUACUCACACCAGUGGACGGGUGUCACUUCAGGAUCAGAAGCCGGACUAUAGAGUUGAAGGCGCUGUUUCGGCAGUUUUCGCAGCAGCUUCUGUUGCUGGAGCAGAGCAAGAACAGGAGGCUCCACCGAGAAAUAACCAGGAAGGCGGCCGGGCCUCUUCUGUUCUUUCCAGGAUAUUGUCUGCUCUCCUGCGGCAACUCCUGCCUUGGGUACUGCCGUCUGCUGUGCAGGGUGCCUCUGCGGAAGACGUUAAAGUCAACAUAUCAAGAAAACAGGUGACGUUAAGCGGAGUGUCGCUGGAGCCGCAGGAGCUUACAGCUCUUACGGGAGCCCCUCUGCAUUUGCUUCACUGCAGCAUACGGGAAUUGCAGUUGCAGGUGGGAAGGAAAGAAGAGGCUGAUGAUGUGGCUGUCGCUUCCCUUGCAAGCAUAACCACUCCCAGCCAGUGCUCACAGACACCCGCACAUACGAUAUGUGAAGGAAACCCCGUUUCACCGUCAGUUCCAGCAGCUUCAGCAGGUGGAGCGAUGAGAUGCCCUGGAAAAGGAGCAUCUUCUACCAUCUUCUUUUCGGCCAAGGACGUUAUUCUAGUCUUGACACCAACAAGUCCACAUGAGUGGUCAAGACGGCAGCUGUUGGAGCAGGCGCUGCAAAGGCGCCGGUCGCUACUUUACAGUAUGGACAACGAGCUGCAGCAGCAACUGGAGAGGCGCAGUUACUUUCCACUGUGUUUGUCCAGCUUAAUAUCACAUUGGGUAGACAGAAACAUCCAGUGGGCCUGUUUGGAUCUCAACAAUUUACACCUCCGCAUUGAGUUUCUUGUGCCACCGCUCAACAGCACCAAAACUGCCAGCUUUGCUUUUGCGCUUGGGUUGACGCUUGAGGAGCUGCGCAUACGCAACAUUCCAGUUGAUGAGCCAAAAGGUCCGCCCAAGUGUGCAACAUACGAAUGUCAGCAGCAACAAAACAAUCAAGAAGCCAUGGCGGCAGCGUCUACUCAGACUGCUGAAGCUGCUGCUGAGCCAUCACCCAACAGCGACCCCAGUGGAAACUGCAGUAGCAACCGGCAAGGCAGCGUAUGCAGUGAAUUUGAAAUUAUAGGUUGUUCUGUGUAUGUACAAAACGAGCUGCUGUUACUGGCACCUCAUACUUGCACUGUGGCAGAGAUUUUAGAGAGGCUCGGUGCAGUGCGUGUGGAGCACAAGCAAGACGGCCAUCCGAAGCCCGAGCAAGCAACGAACGAACAGCGACAACCUAACCAGAAUUACCAAAUUCAUCGCGGGUGCAGCUUGCAGACAAGCCACCAGAAGAAGCCACGCUGCAGGACCCCCAAGUUUAUUCGGAGCCUUCUUGCCCCCGUAGGAGUGCACGUCCUUCUUAGGAAAAAAGCUAUCGCCGCGCAUCCUUCGGAGAAAGGUGACAAAAGAAGCUCAAGCAUGGCUUCAUGGACAGGGAGUAGCAGCAAUGGAAGUGUCGUCACUGCCUUCAAUACAGCGUCAUCUGCAGAUCCUUCUUACGUUGCUUUUGUUGAGUCCGACUGCGUCGAAGUGACCUUUACACCUGAAGUCGUACAAGGCCUCAGGUGGCUAGCAGCAAACUUUGAGGCGCAUCGCAGAGGCGUGGACGCUGCUGAAGCAGUGCUUAGCCUCGUCAGGCCCUUUGUGCCCUCUUGCACAGGCAUGUCUUUGUACGAGAUUAUUCACCGAAACCCGAGGAUAUGGUGGCGCUUCGCGAUUCGUGCAAUUUGCCGCCUACAGCGCAACCGAUUAUGCGUCUUAAAUACGAGCAGUAGCAACGUUGCCGUCAGCGCACAGUUUGAUAUCUCUGGGCAUGGGGUAACUGUGGAAGAGAUUCUUAAGCGCCGCCUAUGCAUUGAAAAGGCCGCCACGUACCGUCGCCUGCGACUUUGUCAGCUGGAAGGGACGUUGACACAUCAGCAGCUUGACCAACUGAUUCACCUUAGAGACUCGCUCCCACUGCCCCUGUUACUGCAGUCUCAUGGAGCUUCAAGGCAAGACUUCAUGGACCAACAGUCGAAGACAGGCGCAACAGGAGUCCCCAAGGCAUGGGGGCGCUGGUUCACUGUAUGGAAAAGGCGUUCUCCACAGCAGGGAUUUACGACGGAAACCAACACAUUAUCACCUGGGGAGGCUGGCGCUGCGCUAAGAAAGGGUCAUUUUGCUCGGCCCCCUGUACCUCCUCUGUCGCUACAGUCUCUGUUAGAUCGACACAACAUGGACAGGCAGAGGCACCAGCUGACACCGCAGAAUGGGGAGCAGCACCAGCGGAGCCAAGGCGACCAUCGGGCAACAAACCCAGACGGGGGAAAAUGUUUAGGUGGUCUUGAUGAUUUCUUCGAUGCUCGCUCUCAGCCCGCCACUGCGCGCAUCAGCAGCAGCAGAUUGAGGCUCCAUGAAGGUCUUGGAGAGGGUUCGACUCCAGCGCUGAUGUAUGCAACUCUGGAGGAACCUAGAAACCCAUUUCAGAUUCCUGCCCAGACUCCAGAAGAGCAAGACCCAAUUCCUCCACCUUUGGAAAUGACUGAUUCAGGGGAUGCGUACACUGGUGAAGUCCCAUCACAGGAGGGCGAUGUGAGUGGAGCACCAGCCCCCCCGAGAAGCAACAGUGAUGACAACUUAGGAGUUGGGGACGAUUUCUCUGAAGAGGAUGACACCUUCUACGACUGCUUGGAUCUUCAAACCCCCCGAUGCACAGCGCAGGCAACUCUUCACAGUGGUGCAUCGGGGACUUCACGAAUGCCAUUAAAUACCGUCCAGAAUCCAGUGCUAUUCUCUGAUGCUUCAGAGCAAGUCGAGUGUACGAUCUCGGUCUCCAUAUUCUUGCGAUCUGCCUCUUUCGCCUGCUGCUUAGAUGAGUUGAAUCCUUCAAACGCUGAAUCCCAGUCGAAACGACGGGGUCAUUUGCAGAAACAGCAGCAAGGAAUGCAGCAGGCAGCUGGCAACAGUAUUUUGUGCUGUAUUGGCGCCUUGCGUGUGAGUGGUGUUGUCGGCACUGAGAUGCUCGAGGGUAGCGUCUCUGUAGACCGCUUGGACAUUAACUUUAAAGAUGGUGGACUUUACCGUGACCAGAAAGUUCUUAUGGCCCCUGAAACUGGGAGUGGGCCGAUUCUCUCCCUUCAGAUUUGUCGAAACCCAAUCAAUGCAGCAUCUGCGCCCAUCGUGAAUGGCAAAGACCGUUUUCCCCAGAGGCGGGAACCCAGUCCAACAAUCAGGAAUAGCGGAGGCGACGAACGCCCCGAACAAUCCUACAUUUUUUUGUCGCUGAAGGUGUGCCGCAUUAUUUGCGUCGUCGACCCCCUUGUGUUGAAGGAGACUCUAACGCUCAAAAAUGGAUUCAGUAAUGCAGCUGCUGCUGCAGUAUCGGCUGCAACGAAGGCAUCGCGGCAAUGCAGCCUGCUGCAUCUGGGCGGAUGGACUAACCCAGGUCAUCAAUGCAGCGGGAAUUUCAAUGUUGGUCCCUGUAGAGUUGAAUCGACAUACGGUAACAUGCAUUUGCAAUGGCGCAUACUUCAUCCCUCUCCGAGACGCCAUCAGCCGCUCUGUGAUGGCGCAUCGCUGCACUACGAGGUCUUUGUGGAGGCUCCAACGAUUAUUGUCCCCUCGUCAGCAGGGCGAGCGGUUCUGUGCCAUCUGGGUGAACUGCGAGUUUGCAGUGCCCAUCUGGAGCAGGAGCAACUGCUUUGCACCCAGGGAAGGGGCGUAAAAGAGCCGCCACGCCUCACGUUUGCUGACUCCGUCUUUCAGGAGAAGUACAUGCAUACUUUAAAGACAAGGCGACUGCCUGCAGCUCCAAAGGAAGUAGGAGGAGCCGCCCGUGAUUCAUCUGACCAGCCUCUGCUGCGGCAUGUCAGCCUUCGUACUCACCAUGGCUUGCUUCUUAAAGAUUUCCACUUACUUAUUCACAACAGCAUGGAGCAGCUUAAAAGGGAGCUUACUUUGCAGCAGUGUGUUGGUUGUGGAGGAUCCUUGAGGAGCAGUGGUUUCCAAAGUACGCAUCGACCCACUCAUUGGGAGGAUACAUCUCAUGUGAGGCCCCUGAUUCAGCAGCAAGGACAAACGCGCAGCGCAAAUUCAUGCGGCGUGGAAAAAGAGGUUGAGGGAAGCGCAGGCGGUGGUCUCGGGUAUUCGGCCACCUGGGGAGUUUGUGGCUCCAUGCAGACUGUCCUUUUCCCCUCAGAGUUUGUGGCGGCAGUUGAGGUGGAACAAGUUGGCAUUCUGAGCCGAGAAGUGGCCUUAAAGCCUUUCAGACUGGCAGUUCACCCGGAAAAGUGGCGGCGCGGGCGACACAGUGAGUCUCGGGAAAGUCCAGUUGAACUCCUUCCUUCUCGGACAUGCGCAGGCAAAGAAGACCCAGGAAAGCAAGAAAUACCACAGAGUGUGCGACAGCCCAAGCAGCGUCAGCAUCAGGAGCAACAGCGAUCAAAAGCAUGCGAUCCUUGGGAGCAGCGGCUUUGCGGUGUAAAAGUCCACGUGAGCGGAAAAUGCAGCGAGGUCAGCGCGUCUUUAAGUCGGCAUAGCUGCGCCGUCAUGCUAAGCGCUUUCCAGUCCAUGAAGUCUGCUUUCUUGGGCAACGAAGUCACUGCUGUCUCGGCGGGUUGUCCGAGCCAUGACAGAACCUUUUGGAUGGAUGCAGAAGGAUCCAGUAGCCUGAAUCAAGGCUGUGACGAUCUCCAGGAGGGUGAGGGAGAGGAAAGCAGCAGCAUUGUUCCAGUCAAGGUUGAUCUUUCUCUUGAGUGGGGGAAACUGGGCGUAUACUUGCACCACCUUGAGGACAGCAUCGAGGGGCAGAAACCGGCAGACGGGAGGGACGCGUCUCCCAGCAGAGUAGGUAAAGAUACAGCUAAUGCAACAGAUUCUUUGCAACUGCAGGCAGCGGGCGUGUCUGCUCACUUCAGCAGCGGAAAUUGCGAGAUGGUUGGCCGCCUGGAGCUUAAGCAGUUGCUUUUGGAACAACCUUCUUUCCAGGAGGAGAGCAUCAACCGUUAUAUCCUGUGUGUACCUUCUACAGAUCUCUGUUCAGCUGCUGAACGUAUUGGCGCAACGUUUCCCGGGGGGCCAUGCAUAGUGCUGGCCUUCACUAACAAACCCGGUAACACACGUGCCCCCACCACUGCGUCUGUGCGCAUUUUGCGGCCGAUGACUCUAAACUUCCGCCCAACGCCUGUCACCUGGUUCGUGAGCUUCUUGGGAGCACCAUUUGAGCGCUGCGUUGACACUGGCGGGAGAAAUACCUGUAGUGGGGAAGGAUCAUGCUCUGAUGGUACAAGCAGCCAGAGCCCACAUGUGGCCCGCAGCCAGCGCAACACGAAUAACGGACGAGUGCGGCAAUUCGGGGAGGUGGUGGAUGCUACUCUGGAGGGGAUUUGUUUGUCGCCCGAAAUUGGUGCAGCCAAACCUCAACCUACAAAAAUACUAUCAGCAUCAUCGGAUUCAAGGGCUCAUUGCGAUCCGGUUCUGCGGGAGAUCCUCGUAGAGUUCGAAAGAGUGGAUUUUCUUUGGUGUACCCGUGGAAGUGACAAACCUCUCGCAACGGCAUCUGUCUCAGCAGCUUCCGCUAGCCUCCAUCUUUGCCGUUAUUCGACAAAGUUUACUGGCAGUGUAAAGGAUUUCACACUACAUUUCGUCAUCCCCGGUGUCAGAUCCGAAAUGGCUGCCAUCCCCAGUUCAGGCUGCAGGUGGAAACACACAGGACGAUUCCAACGCAGGCAGAUGCCGUGUGAUGUGCCGUUUGAGCACUGCGCCGACGAGUCGCGCGUGCAGAAUCAAUUUCCCAAGGCCGCGAUACUGCAGGUCACAGAGAUUAUCGGGUUGGUUCCUGGAAGAAGCUAUGCAUUGCGUCUUACACUGGAGUCGAUGCAUCCACUUUCCCCACUGUUUUCUGGUUUUAGCUCUUAUCUGAAGCUAGAUGUGGGCACAUGCCGUGUUGUCUAUGUGCAUCCCAAGUUUUGGAGGCUCUUUGACUGGAUGGUUGACGAAUUUAUCGGUACUUUGACUUCUCAGCCGCCUGCAGCCUCUCCUCCACGAGAAAUGAGGUCGGGAAACAGGUCCACUUCUGAGGAGACUCUGCCAAAACGAAUUGAACGUUCACCUUCCCUUGAGGAUUUAGCCGUCCGUAGCGUUCUGCAAUCAGCUGCAGCAGUGGGGGUUGGUGCUCCCUGUUCAGCAAACAGCGAUAAGGGGGAGUUCAUGAAUGAAGAUAUCGACACCAGAGUCGCUCAAGAGCAGCCCUUCUUAGUCCCCAACGAAGGACUCCGGCGGAUUUUCUUGCUUGCUGAUGCAGGGCGUUCGAUUGCAGGUCUUCCACCGCUGUUACACGAGAGCCUACAGGGCCCCGGUGGCGGCAUGAGCAGGGGCGAAAACAAACUGCAUCGUCUUGUACUGCCUCAAACACUACCGUUCGGCGCCUUUCACUACGAAAUUCAGAUUACUUCCCCUCGCAUACUGUUGCCUGCCUCCUCCAGGCCGGACAGCAGAAUCAGCCUAUGGCCGCCCGUCUGCUUCAUGAAAGAUUUAAAUGGGGACCCCCUCGUUUGUGACGAAUGCAGCAGCACGAUGAACCGAUUCAUUGGUAGAGAUGUUGCUGCUUGCACAAAGAGCCGAGAUUAUCUAGCUGCUUCCGAGAGUUCAACCCAAGCCUCUGGUAGGGAGGUGGUAUGCUUCGUAGAUUGUGUUACAGUAUCCAACAGUUGGAACCUCAGCAGGGGGCAUGGCAUAGUAGAGAGUAUCAAUGUCGCGUUUAAGGGCGCUAAGGCCUUUGCCAAGAUUGGCGACUUCUCACAUGGUUUAGGGAAAUCGCCCUUUUCUGCGUCGGCACGACAAGGAGAUAUGCAUCAUAGAGAGAGCUACACAGCUUCACGCAGGGAAGGUCGCUGCCGUCGUUGCAUCCGCCGCGUUCCUGUCUCCGCUCCUUCAUCGAUGGGGGGGCCGAGCCAUUGCCCGUGUAAUUCUCCUACAACCAUGGCGGCACGGAUGAUAGAAGCAGCAGCCUCUCCUGGCUAUCCCGGAAGGUACCUGCUAGGUAAUGCUGACCUAGUGAUUCGCAUGUUUCGGCCUGUUUUGCUGCGGUCCUCAUCACGUUGGCUGCGAGUGGAGACAGGGUGUCUGCCUCUUACCCUCGACGUACAUACCUUAGAGCUUUUGUUCGAUAUCGUGGAGAAUAAUAUUACCGCUACCGACCCAGACAUUGCGGCGCAGAAUGCAGAGGCGCCCCUACUGACGUCGACUCUUACUCGACACAGUCGUGGGCGGCAUGCCCUCCGCGCAAAACGGAGAGCAGAGGGGAUAUCGAUCUCAAAUAGUCAUGUACGUUUUUCCCCGUGCCCGCCAGUAGCAGAAGCCUCCUAUGGAACUGCAACACGCACCAGUGAGGUGGACAUAACUGGCCUUAUUCAGCAAUUACUCGGCAACCACAUCCUACAGGGCCUACUAGAGCCUCAGGUGGACUUUAUCGAGCUUCUGGAAGAAUGGGGGCAAGAAACCAUUCUUGUGGAGCUGGUUAUUGAAGGUUUGCAUCUAGCUGUUUGUGAACAACCGCUCAAGAAGCAGAUUGUUUUAAUGCGGAAGCAUUGUGGUGCAUUAAGGCAUUGCAUCCGCGCUAUGGAAUGCUGUCAAGGGAUGUGGCCAAAUGACAGCAAUAUUGGCGGGUAUUCAGUGCAGGAAGGCGGAAAUCAAAUGCUCUCCGUCUACGGGCUCAAGCACCGGAAGCCUCUCCUAUUGUUUCACGCACUCCACUUGAGAGCACAACUCCGAUCGCUUCGGUUGCAACCAGAAAAGGCCGAGCAAGUGGGUUUGUUAUUGCCAAGUGCAACUCUACCGCCACCUUUGACUUCCCUUUUGGCGUUUGGCGACGAGAAGCUAAUCAUGGACAAGGCACGAACUACACAAUCUCCUCCAGUAACAGGGACCUUUGUACGCAUGAUAGCCGGCUCCUCCACUCUGUUUGCUCCUGAACUUGCACCUCCGUUUGCGGUAAUUUUCACAAAUAGCGGUUGCGCAGAGGGCCUCUCGCUGCAGCUGGAGCCUCUUGCAGACAGCAUUCGCCAAGCGGAACACGAUGCCGUUGCAGCAGCCGCAGCAAUUGCCCGAAUGGACGGAUACUUAGCUUCUAAAGCGGAGGUCGCUAGCAAUCCGGAACAGAAUGAAGGCGAGGACGGGGAGCCAAUGGAAAAGCAGCUGUCCGGUAACUCACAAGAGCCGCUGCUUGAGGGGGAACACCUUCUAGUGGCUCCAUUUGCAUCUCCUUGGAUUGAUCCCUUGCAGAUGCACAGCCAGACGCAGGAUUCACCAAGCGACGAGGACGAAUUGACGUCACGCGAAUCCGUAACCACAGGUUCUGGUGGUGGUGCUACAGAGGGCGGGCGUUUCCACUCGCGUAGGUCGGGCGAGUUUAGUAUGAGAUCUGUUUCCGUAGAUGCAUCUUCAGCGCCACUUUUUGAAAUUCCGCCGUGCAGCAGAGAUUAUGAAGUUGUCUUUCGCUGUGGCAUAAAGCCUGGGCAGGAGCAGACAAGUGCGCGGCCAAGAGUUCCUCCGCAGUCCUGUGUCCUGCAGCCAACAAAGUUAAGUGUUAUGUAUAAGUCAGCGACGGCAGUUCCGGUCAUACCGCUAAGUGGGGGAUGCAUGUCUACUGUUUCAAAGAAUUGCAAAGCAACGCAUGGAGAAAAGAUACAGAUUCUCCAACGGUUGCUUCUGCAACGGCAGCACAGGCGGAAACAACAGCGUAUAGCCGUUUCCUCUAGGAGACCUCGAUGUGUGUUGUCUUUGGCCCUUCUGUCGCGCAUCAGCGCCUUUUUGUCCAGUAACGAGGCAACCAACAAGGGCAUACCUACAGCAGUGGACGUAUCCGGUGGGUCAACACCUGCACUGAUGCCUCGUAGGGAGAGCUGGCAGGGAAUGAGAAGGGUUGGCAGCGUGGCAACUAGCCGUCACAACAGAUUCACCUGUCGUGGCAAAAAUAAGGUUACAGGGGAGUACACCGCGGAGCAAGCUAACAAGACCGAUUCAGCAGUGGGCAACAGAACCUGCAGCAUAUCCAAUGCUACUGACCACACUGAGAUGUUAGGUUCAGGAGCAUUAUCUGGAGGAGCCGAGCCUAUGCAUGUUGGCAGAAGAGCCGUUACCCUCAGACGCUCUUCUUUUGACUCAGCCAAACUCUUUUCGACUGGGCUUAGCAAUAGAUGCAGCAGCGAAAUGCUGUCGGCUACAUAUGCACAAGAUGCUCCCACCGGUGGAAACAGCCACGAAAGUGGGUGCGAGACCAGCAGCGAACCUAUCGAGAGCAACGAAGUUGAUAUCAACGAUAUGCUUUCCCUGCGCCUAUCAUGUUCCCCCAAAGAAGAUACAGCGGCGGCAACACAAAAGAGGGAAGAGCUGACGCCUUUGCAACUGAACUCUACGGAGUUAGCAGUGCGCUUUUCUGAGGCGUCAGUGCUCUUGCCUGUGGAUAGCGCGAACUGUGAAAGUAGCUCAGUGCUGCUUCGUGGAUCGGUCAAUUUUUGUCGCCGGGCGGAUGAUGUUCGGGAUCCCCUAAGGCCCCACGGUAUAUCCAAAGAUGCGCAACUAGCAGCUGGCGCGUAUGCACAUAUUCUAAGCGGUUACAGGAAGGGCAAGACCCAGUCGUUUUGGGUUUGUGGACCUUCGAGAUCCGCCGCUUCCGGCGAGGAAGUGGGGACAGGAGGUAUUUUACACGAACAGGAGUCUUUCUGGCAAGACACGACUCAGUUUGUUGAGAAGCUCCCGGACAGAUUUUGCCCUGGAGCCCGAGGUGUUGAUGUUUUGGUGCAGAAGGCAGCAGUCAGCUGCCUGCACCAGAGCGCGCCAUUACAUCAGCAUUGCGCCAGUACAGGUGGGCAGCGGACAAACUCAGAUUUACGAAAUGCAAGGCGUCUGCGUUGGACUAGUCGUCGCAGCACGUGUGCAAGCGCCCCAGCCAAAAAGUCAAAGCGGUUGAAGGUUGAGGAGGCAAGCAAUAAAUUUUUGCUCCCCGAUGAGCUGAGGUGUGCUGCGGGGAAAGAGGAGACGGAAGCCUAUAUGAAGCGUGUGCGUAGUGAUAGUCUAUCAAGCUUACACGCUGCAGGCAAUUCUUUGCACUUUGCCCCAGUCAGGAGCCUGGGCAACUUCCAAUGUCACGACAAGGUUUAUGGGGGCGCUGCACCUCAUAAAGACUGUUUGAAGGUCACUAAGUCAGCAUCCAGCGUUGCAGAAAUUCACAGUACUCCAAGGAGUAUCUGCAGUGGCUUGCAGGCACACAUAACGCGUGUUUUUAUGUCGCCUGCCCCCCGCUGCCACCGGCAGGAAAGCGAUGUUGCACAAAUUGUAUCAGAUGCAGCACAAGGAGGUAAUGGCGACGCUUGCGGAGUUACCGAUGACAGCCAGCAGCAGUACAGUGUGGGGCGCGCGCAUGAGAGUUGCUGCUGCUGCCUUAUGAAUGGAGAGAGCUCCAGAAGCGUUGGGAUGGGCGGAGGAACUUCGGCGCUCGCUUGCGACUGCUGCUGCCAUCAUCCACAGGAGUACACAUCUCUUCAACUCUCCCCAUGUGAAGUUGAGUUGUCUCACCUGGAUAUGAUUUUGAUGUGGCACUGUGCUGCAGAACAGACAGUGCAGUUACAACAACAGCAGCGGAGGCAGCAGGCGCAAGUGACUGUGCUGCAGCGGCUUCUCCACCGCAGCGCGAUUUUGAAGCAACGGCUGUGUGCGAAGCAGAGGCUCCUUCAUAAGCACCUCAUGGAAACUGCUAGCCAGAUUCCAGCAUUACCCGCAUCAGUUGCAUUGAAGCCACCGUCUGCGGUUCUUUCUGCGAGUCAGCGACCGGUCCUUGGGAGAAUGCUAUUUCCAACCGCAGCCGCUGGUUCCUCUCUACAACGGAAUAGACGACUCCCUCAAACGAACCCUGGCCAUCGCUACUUGUCUGCACGUUUGUCGCUGAUGAGAGUGACCCUUCUUGACGAUCACUUGGACUGUCUGAAGGCGCCUCUUCUCCAGCUGUUAGUGCCCAAUUGCCGCUUCUCUCAGGCCAGCUCUCUCUUGCCUCCUCAAAGUACAGACACGCCACGCGUUUUUCGGCAGGGGCGAUCGCAGAAGCAAGAAAUCUCCUCUGUAAGUUUGUUAACUGUAUCACUCCGACUGUGGGCUUUCAAUCCUCUAACCGUCGCAUUCGAACCUGUGGUGGAAUCCCUUCCCCUUUCGUUGGUAGUGAGGGAAGCACCAUACUCAUUAAUGCGGGCCACGUACAGCUCAUGUUGCGACGACGACUCUUUGGCAUUAAAUGUAGGCCAAGGUGUUGCUGGCAGCAGGGGGGAGCUGCACAAGACUUGGCGGUCACCACCAAGUCCUUCUACCCAUGGUAAUGACCCGCGAACACUGUUGGAAAUGGCUUCAAGCCCAGCUACCACCCCAAAUGAGAAAAUGAGCAGCAGCAACGACAAUGCCAACAGCAAUUCGACCAGCAGUGGAUACGAUUUAGCGGGUGCCAGGUCUCCACUUCCUUCCCGCAAAGCCUGUGCCAUCGUAAAGCAGCAGACGCAAGGGCCCAGACCCAGCGAGCCGGCUACGACCUUUUCAGCAAAAAGCUCAAGGACAGGUCUGUCGCUGGGCGCGCACAUGUCAGGAGAGGCUACAUUGAGAAACACAAAGCUGCCAGGCAACCAGUCAAUAUUUUGGGAUUCAGGAACUGAGGGAGCUAUGGAUGCUCUCGGCUGCGUUGAAUGUGUAUCACCCGGCGAUGAGGUAUCUUCGUCAAGGCGAUACGUGGGUAUCUCAGUGUCCUCUACAGCAGGAAGCAGCAUAGAGGCGAACUUAUCUCCUUUGCUUUUGCAGUCCGUACUACGGACCAUAUGCAGAUGGCACUACGAAUUCACUCACCAGGUACAACACCAACAGCAGCAAUGGGAACGGAAGGAAUAUAGCAGUUUCAUCUUCCGUACUACCGGCGCUAAGUUGCCAGAGAUGUGCAGCCAUUCCCCUUCACAGCAGCAGCACCAGGAGCCUCUUCAGUACCAAGAGGAGGGUACACUGACGUACGUGAAGAGUCAGUGUACGGGUGGACAAACGGCGCAGCCGUGGAGCGCGCAAGAUGGCCCGGAUGCGAGAGAACAGCGUCUGAGUGCUGAAGCCAGGCGUCUUCAGAAGCGUCCAUCUCGUUCCAUAGAUGCGUUCCCUAUUCCUGCCUACCCCAAUCAGGACAGGCAUACCGGGAGGCACCACAGUUUGCCUGCCGCACUGCCCAGAGGUGAAACCGAUUGGCGUUUUGGCAUCCAACUGCGCCAGAAGGAGAGGCAGUCAGUUCUGGAGGCGGAUGAACCAAAGCAGGGCAAGCUGUUUUUUGCGUACCAAGUUGUAAAUCAGACAGGGCUGUACCUCGGAAUCCUCCUCCUACCCACACAGGCGGAUUUCGGGGAGCAUGGCGAGGCCCUCUGUGGAGCAAAUGCUACUCAAGUGGCGGCGGCAGCGCAGUUGGGACUCCCACAAACUCUACGGCAAUGCAGGCGCUACAACAAAAACGUAGGGGUUUACGAGGACGACGAGAGCAGCGGUGGUAGCCGUAGCAGCACAAGUGAAGCAGAAGCUGGACGCGCUUUAUCAAGCGCCCCAAUUUAUUGGGACUUUGGAUCUAAUUUACAGAACGUGACUAGUGGAUCUCCCGGAUCGGUCGACGCCGCAAGUGAGAGUGUUAAGGGAACGCUCUCUUGCCCCUCUUCACCCUCCUCUGACCAAGACGGCAAACCAGUUCACUUUGAGGCCUCGGUAGAUUCUUCAAGCUGGGGCUGGCUCCAGCCUUCGGAAGAAAGGGCACUGACGCAAAUGAAGGUUUCUGUCGGAACAGCUUCAUCUGCUCACGUUGCACUGCAGCUCGCCAAGCAGCCCACGCGAGCGAUCCCUUGGGUCACGAACACUCUCUGUAUGACAGCUUUGCAGGCGGAGAAGUGGAACAACGAUGAAACUGAUUUCCACGCAGAUGGUUCCUGCAAGCGGUGGAAACUACGCAUGCCAGUACCACUUGACCGAGUUGGAGUGUACAUUCAACCUCUGGAAGACAUGAAGAAGACUGCCUUCAGCGGAGCAACUGUUUCAACAUCUAGUGCAGACGAGCAGAAAGUUCCAUAUGUUGUAUGCCGUCUUAUGGCCGAUGGAGGAACGAAACAGCUUCUGGUGCAAUCACAGGUGUUAUUGCGCAGCUCUUGCAGCGUUCCACUUCAAGCUAGGCUGCUUCCGUCCCUUGAAUCCUCUGGCAUUGGUCUGGAGAAGAACCACCGAACCUUCGAGGACAGCGAAGAGUCGGAACAACUAGCCGAUCUUUUGGUGAAGCCAGGGGAAACGUCGGCUGUCCCCGUAGACUUUUGUUUUACAGGAAGGCUAAGAAUUAGGCCUGUGCACGCUGGGGAGGCAUACAGCUGGUCAAAAGAUCUAAGUCUUGAUAUGCUUUGGAGGGUUGUAGACGGAACGGAACAAGAGAAGAACGCUGGAAGUGGGGCAGCUGGUUUGGCAGCUACAAAAGGGAGUGCCCAGGCCCCAGCGGACUGCGUCACAGGAAGCGGCACUGAGGCUGGGAAACGGGAAUCUGCAGAGGAUAAGAUGGCAGGGGAAACCAUCGUCGAGGUUGAGUGCCUUGACAGCCAGCAUCGCUCUGCCAAGGUCUGGCUGAUCUUCUGUGACUUCGGCGGAGGCUCCCCCUGUUUGCUGCUGCAUUCCCCCAUAUGGCUGGUAUCUCAUAUCCAGUGGGCAUUGCAGAAGCAAUGGCUUAAGCAGCCACAGCAGCAGAACCAGGACGGUGCAGAAACACAAAUAACGGAGUUGCCUGCUGUUGAAUACAGCGUAAUCCGUCGGAGCAACCCGUCAGAGCUAGGGUGGGCGAUGCAGGCUGUUUCAGCAGCAGCUGCUGCAGUCGAUUUCAACAGACACACAGAGCAGCGGAAGCCCGCUCAGCUCCCAAACUUCACAGGUAGUGGCGGUGUUAUGAAGGACCCCAACGAGGGUAUUCGACUACUUGACUUCACUGCAUCAUCAAUUCGAGUGGAAGUCGAUGGGAUUGGUUGCUCCCAAUUUUUGGACGUGUGGGGAGACUUUCCCAGGAGGUUGAGUGUGUCAGCCUUGUACACCGAGGACGUAGCUGCAGGCUCUAAAGAUAGGGCAACAGUCUCCGAAUUUUACACAAUAACUAGUCAGUGCCCGUUUCCCAUCAGAGUACGGCAAGCUCGCUCUGGCAGCCACUGUAGUAGAAUCGAUGCCGGCAGCGCCGACUUCACGCUGCAUAUACAACCGCAGCACACCGAGGCCUUCGUUUGGCAGUAUAAGGAUGGCAGUCGAUUUCUGCAGCUACAAGGAUUGAUGCCCACUCUGUGCUGGCUUCAAGGGGGCUGCAGAUGCCGGCUGUCUACGCCUUUUGACGGAGGAUUUAGGGAAGCAGUGUGGAGCGCAUGGUCAGGCUACUCCCCCUUUUGCUUACCCGGGGAUGAUUGGUGUCUUCGCCUACCAUCUGCACCCUCGGUUGCGCCUAUGACGAACGAAGACGGUCCCGCCGCGUCUGACUUGCCGCUGCGUUGGGGUCAAUGCGAAGCAGGGAAUACGGGAAGUGGAUACGAACAAAUGUUGGAAGGGGAACAAUUUCCGAUACCAGCAGUAGAGCCGCAAGACCUCGUGAGGGCUCUCUUGCGUCGUGGAGUCUCUGUAAAGAGCAGUGGAAAGCAGGCAGAUACGAAGCGGCCAAUCCGAGGACGGCUUGCAAGGCGAGCUUUCUCGGGUUCGCAAUGCUCAGCCUUGCGUUUAUGUUCAUCAGAGGGUCCAGCCAGCACCGUCAACUUGACAGUCCAAACUGAAACAUUUGACAUGAGGGAUACUGUUUCCAUUUGCAACAGUACGCCGUUACCUUUACUGCUUCGCCAAUGUCACCACGGUGACACGGAAGGCGGCAUGAAAACAGACCCACAGCCCUACCAGGAAUCUGCGGUAGCUCAGAAACUCGGUUUGACGGAAGCUGCGGCCUUUGGCGUGGACUCUGUCGCUGCGGCUGUGGCAGAGCUUUGGGGGGCAGCGACGCAGGGGGAAGGGUUGCAACAGCACCAAACCAGCCUUGACACCGCUGACAGUUUUGCUAAGCACGCCGCUUGCAGUAUGGGAGACCACAGCAGAUCGUCUCAACUCCUCAACAUGCUGUUGGAGGCCCAGCAAUGCGGCGAAAGUCAAUCGAACACCAAACGGCCGCCUGGGGCUUCCUCCUUCCACUCCUGCGAGAAGGUUUACAUUUCGGCGGCUCCUCAUGAGGAGGGCAUUCAUGCGCAGUUGGACAUGCUGGCUCGCGUUGCCCAGGCCGUUGUUGCUCAAACCGCAGCGGAGCAACAGCACCCACAGAAUGAGGUUGACAACGCCGGCGUCUUAAGUGCUGGGAAGCAUUGCUGCUGGUGUAUCUUUGAGCAUGCUGUGUCGCAGGAGUUAUGUGCAAUGCGAGGUGAGGCGACGGAAGGAGCUGAGAUUGGUGAGGGUGAUGCAGCAACCUCCAAGCUGUCGCUUCUACCACAGCUCGUGCUUCCAGGCGAGACUGUCUUGUUUACUUGGGAUGACUACCGCUGCUUGUCUUGUAUUGAGCUUACUUAUUUUCCGUGGUUGCAGCAGUACAGUGAGAAGAAUAGUUCGGACUUCACAAAGGAACCCUGUACCAGCAAUCGUGACGAAGCAGUCCCGCCUGUAAUGGAGUAUCCUUCUUUCGACACGCCCUUUGUUGUCUGCAUUCCACUUCGCCCUGAUGUGCGCGGAGUUGUGCCUCUCUCGCCGUUGCCCUCCUCCAGUUGGCCCAUAUUCAGAGUCGUUCGCCGUGCUGGAAGUCUGCUUCUGCAGAUUGCACCGGCUGGCGACAUAUUGGGAUUGACGAGUUCGUCUCCCCAUGGGGUAGCCCAGCCGAAGCAUGAAGGUACUAGGCUUCAGCUGAGCACCAAGAAUUCCCGUGUAUCGGCUGGGUCAAACGUUGUGAACUCACGAGCUGGAAGUUUCAUUUCGCCUUGGGCUGACGGGGAUUCCGACCAAGUGCCCGCGUCACGAAGUGAUGUGGAUGUCGGCACAUUACUUACUGUUCCUCGGUACUUCGAGCUGCCCAUAGUGAACAAGGACCUGACGGCGGUUUGUUCUCGUUGUAGGGAAACCAGCAGGGGCUGCGAUGGUUGCGUUCCCCCUUGGUCCUUUGCAUCGAUGUGCAGAUUUGCUGGAUCGGUUGUGGGGUCAUACGCGCCUGACCAAGGGGGUGACCCCGCUUCUGCGCGGGCUUUUCAUCCGGUCACGGCUGACAUCAACGGCGGUCAUACUCGUAAUCUGGUGCUUCCCAUGCAGCCGACGCCUGAUCCUCCCAUUUUUGAAUUUCGCAUUGAGGCCCCGCGUCUGCAGCUGUCUGUUCUUUCGCAGUCAGCGAUCACUGACCCCCUAUCUCGUGAGACUCUCCGCCUUCCCGAGGAGCUCUUUCUCGCUACACUUGAAGGGUUUUCUGCCGCAUACAUCUGCAGUCCAUUCCACACCGCUGCAGCAUGCAGAGUACAGGAGUUGCAGGUUGCAAGCUUCCCAGGUGUCUUUCUAGACAGGUUUAACUUGAAAACGAGCUCUGAUGUGAGUGAUACCAUGCUUGGCUUGGCUUUCGCUCAGAUUGACUCCAUGCACUCCCAGGCGUACUACCCGACCGGUGCAGCCAUCGAUAGCACCACUACGGAACCCUCUCGAAUAACAAGUUCCACACACAAAAAUCAAGAGGAAGGGGACGGCGGUGGAGGCGGAGGGUCGCUGCACGCAGCGGGCCGUAUGUCAAAGGAUGAUGGCGGUGCCCUUGUUGAGUUCUUGCUGCAACAAAGGCUACCAUUUUAUGGCACUCGUGACGACGGUGUUGUUGUGAUCGACAAGUGCAGCCUCUCUCUGAAGGUCGCCGGGACAUGCUCAGCAGUUUUCCCCAUUACACUUGCCGUCCGCCCAUGGUUAUUCAAGUUAACGAAAUCCUCAUUGCGCCUCUCCACGCUUAAUCAGAAACGGGAGCAGCGGUACAUUUUUCGGACGCUCACGAUAGCAAGCACUUGCGUGGUGCUCUCGUUCAAAGCGGACACGGGGGGCAAUAGCAGUGCGUUGCGCCGCUCUGUAGUGACCCUUUCCUCUCUUGAAGAUGCCCGAUUUGAAGUGGAUGGAUUGCAAGUGACAGGGCGAAGACUAAUGGGCAAGGUCCAGGAGUUGAACCAGCACAAGAGGCCGCCCAUGCACCAGGACUGCUCGCGCCUCACGAAGCUGACAGGGCACCACAGGCACCCAACUGUCUCCUUGAGGGAUGUCGCAAGGGUAGUGGGGCAUUUUUAUCAGCAGCAGCUUUUAUCACACUUGUCCAAGUUGCUGGUUUCGGUCGAUCUUUUAGGUAACCCAGCUUUGUCGUUUGCGCACCUCCAGGCAGGUGUGUACGCACUCGCAAAGCAACCAAUGGCAGCUGCUGAGACCGGUGGGGACGUGUUUGAAGGGAUGAUGCGAGGAGCAGAAGAUUUCCUAAAACAUACUGGUUACGGCUUUUUCGGGGGUAUAAGCAGAAUGGCAGGAGUUGCAUCGGACUCCCUUGGAGCACUGGCUUGCGACGAAGUGUAUGUGCACACCAGGAAACAACAAGGACGCCAUAAGGCGCGCAACGUGGAGGAGGGUCUCCAGCAGGGCGUAGAAGCCCUUGGGCGGGCUCUAGCUGGGGGUAUCACAGGCCUUGUGGAGGAACCCGUUAGAGGGGCUGCUGAAGGUGGCUUUGAGGGACUCUUGCGCGGUGCUGGAAGAGGCAUUGCCGGUUUCCUUGUAAAGCCGUUGACAGGCGUGCUAGAUUUAGCUCAGAAAACCGCUGAAGCUAUAAAGGAUGCAUCUCAAGUCGAAGGGCAUCAGCGUCCAAGGCUGCGUCUUCCUCGCCUCCUCCUUGGUGACUUACGCUUGCUGGUUGCAUACGAUGCUCAAGCAGCGGAGGCCAAGGCAAUUUUGACGGACGCGGAAGGGCAGUACUGGUGA